AUGAAGAAACAUAUCGAGAAGACCAUCUGCUUAAUAUACAGUCAAAGCAGACGAAACAAUCUGCGCUUUGAAGGAUUACUGAAAGAUGACAAUGAAACAUGGGAUGAAAUGGAAGCGAAAGUUAAGAAUUUCCUCGUCGAAAAACUCGAUUUUGAAUCUGCUCCAGAAAUUGAACGUGCUCAUCGCACAGGCCGUACUGGGAGGCAAGAUGGCACUCCAAAACCGAGAACGGUCGUUUGUGAAUUUACAAGUUAUAAAGCAAAGGAGGCAAUUCUCAAGAAGGCAAGGAGAAUCAAACCCGAAGUUCUAAACAUUUUUGAAGACCUAGCUGAGGAGACAACGGAGAAAAGAAAGGCACAACUGCCUCAGCUCAAACAAGGUAAACUUGCUUACUUCUCCCUCGUGAGACUCGGCAUAAUCAGAGACAGACCGAAUGGUUCAACUAAUGGCUGAAAUGUAUGAACACAUAUAGAUUUAUUCACUUUAUCUGAUAACAAAUGAACAGCGUAUCACAUAAUCAAACAUUUACUUGAAGCAUAUGCCAAAAGCUAAUAGCAAGUUAUGAUCAUGCAGUCCAAUGUGGGAACUGCCAUUUACGGAUCCAUUGCAAGUGUAAUGGUCUAACCAUUAAGGAUUGCAAACACUUGAAACUUGAGAAAGAGGUAUUUUUCCUGAACAAUAUGUACUUUUGAUAUAUUUUGCUUUAGUUCUUUAAAUGACAUUGAAUUUAACACUCUUAUGAAACCCUCUGACAUUGAAAUGCUACCUUCCCUUAAUUUUAUUUCUAAGAUUACCAGCCUGGGCGGUCUUAACAUCUCUGAUAUUGAGUCAAACAUACCUAAUCCCCUAAAUUCUAAAUAUUCUUAUCCAUCAGAUUUUUGACAAAUUAGCUUUAUAUGUAUCAUCUUUGCCAUCUUAUUUCUCCUUAUUUCACGUUAACUUAAAUAGUCUUCAUGCCUAUCUAGGUCAUCUGCAGACCAACUUGAAUGAUGAAUUUCCUUUUCAUGUUUUAGGCAUUAGUGAGACUGGAGAAAACUUUUCUUUAGGUUUCAAAAUGAAUAAUAACUUGGAUGGUGACAUAUUACAUUCACAACCCUCCAGAUCUGCUGCAUGCUAGUGGUGUGGUAAUUUACACCACAAAUACUUCAACUGCUUUUAAGCGAACUGACGUAAAUACAACUGAUGAAUUUGAAACUGUCUGGGUUGAAAUAGUUGAUACUAAACCUAAAUAUAUUUUGUGUUGCUGUGCCUAUAGACACCCUUCUUUCAACCCUGUAAGGUUCAAAGAACAGCUCGAGUCAACUUUAUCUUUACUAACUAGAGAAAAUAAAACCAUCUUCAUUAUGAGGGAUUUAAAUGUUAACCUGUUAAAUUCUGAAAGUCAUCCUGAAUCUAUUGACUUCUUAUUAAUGCUUAACUCGUACUUUCUUCUUCCUUGUAUUUCACAACCGACACGUAUUACUGAAAGAUCAGCAACCCUCAUUGAUAAUAUGUUUUCAAAUACUUAUUACGCUAUGAAUGCCAUCAGUAGUAACCUAGCCUCAAAAAUCUCUGAUCAUCUUCCUCAAUUCUAUAUUGUGGACAAUUGUAUAGUAAACUACAAAUAUUAAAUUAUUAUGAAAAUGACUUUUCCAAAUUUGAUGAAGAGAAAUUUAUCAAUGAUUUUUCUCACUUCUACACUGGACUAACAUCUCAAGUGAUAAUAUGGAUGCCAACAGUAAAUUUGAUACUUUCUACGUUCAGAUAUCUCAAGUUUACCAAUUAUCAUGUACCACGUAGAAAGCACUCCAAACGUGAAUUUAAGUUAUCCACUAAACCCUGGAUUACCAAACAUAUUCUUGCUAAAUACGAUAUAGAUAUAAACUCUAUUCCCAAAUCAUUAGGAAUAAACAUACAAAUCCAAAUUUAAUAUAUCUUCACAAGAAUUCAGGAAUAGUGCUGUCAAAGAUCUUAAAGCGAGCAAAUCUGAUUAUUUUAACAAUUACUUUUUGUGUUAUAAGAAAAUAUGAAAAAAAUCUGGUCUGGAAUUAGAUCAAUCAUCAACAUUAGUAAAGUUAAAGCUAAUUUCAUUCCCAGUAUUUUAGAAAGUGGAAUAACUGUUGACAAUCCCUGUGCUAUUGCUAACAUCUUUAAUGAUUUUUUUGUUAAUGUGGGUAUAAACACCAACAAAGACAUUCCGAAUGGGAAUUGUUGUCCAACCUUUUUUUUUGAAGGGCAAUUUUCCUGAUUCAAUUGAAGUUGAUUCAUACAUAUCUGAAAUGGACAAUAGCCAAAUCCAUUGGUCCCUAUAGUAUUCCAGUCCCAUUGCUAAUAAUUCUUAAUGCUCAUAUUUCCCCCACUUCUUUCAUCCCUAAUUAAUGAUUCUUUUCUCUGCGGCAUUUUUCCUAAUAAACUUAAACUGGCAAAAGUUACCCCAGUUUUUAAGAAAGGCUCUAGGCAAGACAAAGCUAACUAUAGACCAAUAUCAGUCCUGCCUAUUUUUAGAAAAAUUUUUGAAAAGGCUAUGUUUAAGCGCCUUUAUGGUUAUCUUGAAUAUUAUAGCAUUCUUUACCCACUUCAAUUUGGCUUUAGGCAAAAGUGUUCAACUAAUCAUGCACUGAUACAAAUUGCUGAAUCAAUCCGUAACUCAACUGACAGCAAUGAGUUUGGCUGUUGUAUUUUUAUUGAAUCAAUAUGGAGUAAGAGGUAAAGCCUAUGACUGGUUUCAAUCGUAUCUGUCCAAUAGAGAACUUUACUUGUAUGUAUCAAUGGUCAUAAAUCUGAUUCUCUCUCAAUCACUUGUGGAGUACUUCAGCGAUCCGUUCUUGGACCCCUGUUGUUUUUGCUAUAUAUUACUCUACCCAACACCUAGAAAUUGUUUAGUUUCCACUUAUUUGCUGAUGACACUAAUAUAUAUUGUUCAAGAAAAGACCUUAAUUAUCUUGAACUAAUCUUAAAUCAAGAGCUCCAUACAGUGGCUGAGUGGAUGAAAUCCAGUAGACUAGCUCUCAGUAUUUUGAAACUAAUUUUGUUCUUUUUCAUUCAAAAAAACUAAAAUCAUGCAAGUCAUUAAUUUUAAAACUUGAUAGUGUGAAAAUCUACUGAAAAGUUCCCGUGGUCAAAUACUCAGGUGUCACUUUUGACUCAAACUUGACUGGAAGAAUCAUGAACUGUGCUUAAAACUAUCGAAAACUGUAGGCAUAUUUUCCAAAUUAAGGUACUAUAUUAACGUUGAUAUACUAAUUAUACUUUACUAUUCCCUAAUUUACCCCUUUCUAACUCAUGGUAUUCAAGUUUGGGGUCUCACAUACCCAACCUAACUAAAACCAGUAACUACUUUGCAAAAACGAGUUGUCAGAAUAAUGAAUUUUUCCGACCCUAGAUCGCAUUCAGAGCCAUUGCUUAAGUCUCUCAUACUCCUAACUAAUUCUCUGAUAUAAUUCGACUUGAAAUUCUCUCUUUUGUUUAUCAGUGGUAAUCCACUAAUCCAGUAUCUUCCAUUCAGUCCUAUUAUACACGUCAAUCACAGAAUGAUAAUCAGUUUGUUAAAUCGGUUUAUACCAUUCAAUACGGCAUUCUUUCUCUCCGUUACACUGGUACCAACCUUUGGAAUUCAUUAUCUGUUGAUAUUAAGAAAAUCAAGCCGUUUUUUAGUUUUCGUCAAAAUAUCAAGAAUUACAUGAUUGAUGGUUAUAACAGUGUUAUUAAUUUCUGAAGUUUUAUCAUUAUAUUAUCUUUAACUACUAUUUAAUUAAUGGAGUAAUACUUUUUAUCUAAAACAACUAUUUUGUCACUAUAUUCCUUCUUCCUGUAUUCUUGUUUUGGGUCACCUACCCGGUUAGUUAUACGAACUAUUUAGGUGUCUCAAACCCUGCACAAUGAACCUAAAAUUCAAAAAUUUCGUUUCCUUCAAACACAAUCUUUUAUUUUCAUAUUUAAAACAACUGAAUUGUAUCAAUAUCCUGUGUGAAUUUAAAUGAAACUCGACUCGACUCGACUUGACUUGACUCAGUAAGUUGAUGACUGAUUCUUUUUUCAUAUUCAGAUUAUUCCUCGCUAUGGGAUUUCCGAAAGAGGAAGGACAAUUAAACAAUCCACGGAGGAAAACAUCUUUCCAAUAGCGUAUGUAAUAAAUCUUGACUGUUUUCACUGUAAAUUGUAGUACAAGAGUAGAAACUGAAAAGUUUACGUAUUGUGAUUUUAAAUAAGUUCGGUCAAUGAUCGGCUCACAGACUCUUUCUAAUUAAUAAAUUAUUUUUCAUUGUGUUUACCUGUCCCGCGUAGGCUGUGACAAUAGUACAACUAUCAGGAAAAACAACAAAGUCGACUUAAACCUUUUUUUUUUCAGAAGGAGAGAGUCAAGUCAGUGUUUCUACUAUCGCGAGGCUUCUUCGAGUGGACAGGCGAGUAUCCAAUUCCCUAAUUAAUUUUAUAUAUAACGACUAA